AAACACUUACCUAUGGAAAGAAGAACCACCAAACCAAUCCAAAGCAAAGCAGCAAAAAAAAAUUAAAAACGAUAAAAAGUUUUUUUCGUCAACAACUAAAAUCUCUGAAGAAAUCUCUUAUUUUCCUCUUUCCCUUUCCCUUCGUUUUUCUCUUCUCGCUCUUUCUUUUCUUCAAUUUCUCGCGAUCUCAUUUCUUCUUCUUCAUCUUCUUCUUCUGAGUGGUGCUGCUGUUGUUGAUCGUGCUUCGUUUGGUUCUCGUUACGCUCAUGGUGAUCGAGAACGACAUUGAGAGUUGCGGAAGUAGAGCGGUACAGUCGCACGCGAAUCCUCGUCAUCAUCGUCAGAAACUUGAGGUCUACAAUGAGGUGCUUCGUCGAAUUCAGGAUUCCGAUUGUGAAGAGGCUCAUGUUCCUGGUUUCGAUGAUCAGCUAUGGCUUCACUUCAAUCGUCUUCCUGCUAGGUAUGCAUUGGAUGUGAAUGUGGAGAGAGCAGAAGAUGUUAUUGCUCAUAAGAGAUUGCUCGAGUUGGCAGAAGAUCCCGCUAAUCGUCCUGCAUUUCAAGUUCGUUUAGUACAGGUAUAUCCUUUUGGUAGUGCAAAUCAUAAUGAUUCUUCAAUGCAUUCAGAUCAUUCUGAGAAAGAAGAUGCACAGAGUUCUCUUAACUACUCUUUAAAGCAGGGAAUUCAUGCACCACCUACUUUUGGUUCUUCCUCUAACCUUGAAGCUCUUGCACUUCAAACAAAUAAAAAUAACAUUGAAGAUGGAGACAAUGCUAUGGGUGUGACACCAAAUUUUAACCGGCCCAUGCACGAGAUUACCUUUUCAACAAUUGACAAGCCUAAACUUCUUAGUCAGUUAACUUCAAUACUUGGUGAGGCUGGACUAAAUAUUCAAGAAGCUCAUGCAUUUUCCACCUCUGAUGGGUUUUCCUUGGAUGUCUUCGUCGUCGAGGGAUGGCCUAAUGAGGAAACUGAGGAGCUCAAAGGUGUGCUGGAAAAGGAAAUUUGGAAGGUUAAGGACCAAUAUCUGUCAAAUCAGGGCAUACUAUAUUCCUUAAAUGAUCAACACCAGGCAAGGACGGAAUCACCCCCUCAUUGCAUACAAAUACCAUCUGAUGGAGCUGAUGUCUGGGAAAUUGAUACCAGCCAGCUAAAAUAUGGAAACAAAGUUGGCUCUGGAUCGUUUGGUGACUUGUUCAGAGGCACUUAUUGCAGUCAAGAUGUGGCUAUCAAAGUUCUUAAGCCUGAACGCAUAAAUACAGAUAUGCUGAAAGAGUUUGCACAGGAAGUUUAUAUCAUGAGGAAGAUUCGACACAAGAAUGUUGUUCAGUUCAUUGGUGCAUGUACUCGGCCACCAAAUCUUUGUAUUGUUACUGAGUUUAUGUCUAGAGGAAGCUUAUAUGACUUUCUGCACAGACAACGGGGUGUGUUUAAACUUCCAUCUUUAAUAAAAGUAGCGAUUGAUGUUUCCAAGGGAAUGAACUAUCUGCAUCAAAAUAAUAUAAUUCACAGAGAUCUCAAGACUGCCAAUCUUCUGAUGGAUGAAAAUGAAUUGGUCAAGGUUGCUGAUUUUGGGGUCGCCAGAGUGCAAACUCAGUCUGGAGUGAUGACAGCUGAAACUGGAACAUACCGCUGGAUGGCUCCUGAGGUCAUUGAACACAAACCAUAUGAUCAAAAGGCUGAUGUUUUCAGUUUUGGAAUAUCACUUUGGGAGCUUUUAACAGGAGAGUUGCCUUACUCUUACUUGACCCCAUUACAAGCAGCUGUUGGUGUUGUGCAGAAGGGUCUACGGCCUACAAUUCCCAAGCACACGCAUCCAAGACUUUCUGAACUACUAGAGCGGUGCUGGCAACAAGAUCCAAAGGAGAGACCAGCUUUCUCUGAAAUAAUUGAAAUUCUUCUGCAAAUAGCAAAAGAGGUCAAUGAUGAAAAAUUAGAUAGACACAAAGAUAAGUCAUCCCACGGUUUUCUGUCAUCACUUAGGCGCGGCCAUCACUGAUAUUUAUAGCCAUAUAAGGAUAGUUCAAGAGCAUAGCCUUUUUGUCUUGUAUAGUCUGACCAAAGAUUAAUUGAGUUUGGUUCUUUCUGCUCUUGAAAAGUCCUGGUCUACAGUGCUUAUUGCCUUAAUUUUUUUUAUAAUCUGCGUCUCUCUUCUUUUCUCCUCUCAACUAUUGUUAUUCAGAAGCUGAGUAGGAUGGAUGCAAGAGCAGCAGUGGUCGAAAAUUCAAGACAUUGUGUAAUGUUAAUUCUUUGCUUUAUUUAUCACGUUUUUUGAAUUGGAGCUUUUUCUAUGCAUUCCCUUGUAUCCAAAACUACUUUGAUAUUUACUGGCAAAAACAUUAUAUGACACGAGAUGUACAAGGCUUAACA